AUGUAUCGUUACAUCGCCGAUGUUAUUUCCAGUUGGGAGUUCCAAUUCUUCGAAAUGGCUCUUUUACCAGCAGCAAUGGAAAACCAAAAAGUUCACGACUUCUUCAUUUAUAAUGAAGACAAUAAUAAAAAUAAGUGUAAACUUUGCGAUUUCGAAAUGACAGGCAAACAUGCCUCAAAUUUAAAACGGCAUAUUGAAAGGAAGCACAAGGAGUUGGUACAGAAAAUUGAAACAAAUAAGAAGCAAGUAGCAGCCGACCAGCCACCUAUAAAGCAAUUCUUGGAAACAGCGUAUGUCAAAGUGAAAAUCACCAAAGCUGAUAUUUUAGAUGCUUGCUUGGAACUAGUCACUAAAAAUGGGCGUCCAUUAAAAAUAGUUGAAGAUUCUGGUUUUUUAAAAAUUCUAAAGCCCAUGUGUGACGCUUUUAGCCCUCCAUUGAAAAUCAAUCGCUUUAACAUACGGAACUUAAUUCAGGAAAAAGCUAGUAGCAUUCGCUUACACAUUAAAAAUGUUCUACAAAAUCGACUUAUAUCUAUAAAAGUGGAUUGUGUAAGCCGUUUGGAUCGUGCUAUCAUCGGAAUAAACGCUCAGCUUCAUAAUGGUUCGGAAGUAAGGUGCUACACAUUAGCUAUGAAAGAAAUACACGUGCAGCAUACAAGCGUAAACUUAACCACGAUUAUCCAAAAAGUGCUGGAGUCUUUUGAAGUUUCGCUCCGACAAAUAUAUACGCUGACGGUGGACAAUGGUGCCAAUAUGGUUUUGGCGGGAAAUAAACUAAACCAAUUAUGUAAGGUUGACCUCGAUGCAGAGCACUCCGAAUGCGAAUGCAUUUUUACAGAAAUUGAAAUAGAUCAAAUUCAAGUGGAUUUACCUCAGGACUCAAUCACCACAGUGCGUUGCGCAGCGCACACUUUAAAUUUAGUUGUUUCUGAUUUUUUAAAAGAAAUCAAGAUUGAUUUAUCUAAAAUACGCACUUUAUGUAAAAAACUAAGAACUCCAACCAUUCUAAAUCUGCUUCAUUUAGAAAAUUUAAACAAGCCGAUAUUAGACUGCGCCACGCGGUGGAAUUCCACGUAUUUAAUGUGCGACCGAGUUCUUACAUUAAAAGAAUUUUGUCUAAAAAGCUCAAAUGACAUAAAAGAACUUCGUUUAAAAAACACCGAAUGGGACGCAGUGAAAAAUUUGUGUGAUUUGCUGAAACCUCUUUAUGAGUUCUCUUUAAAGCUUCAGAAACUGAAUUUGUUGCCAAGUGACUUCUAUUUCCAGUGGUUUUCUCUUCGCUCUAAGACAUUAAAAUCGUCCUCUAAAUAUAGUGUAGCAUUGUCAAAAUGCUUAGAAAAGCGAUCACACAUAUUGAAUUCAGUUCCUAUAAUAUCAUCCGUUUUUCUUGACCCUAGAUAUCAAGUAGUAUUAUUAAGAGAGCAAAAAAAUGACGCUAAGGCACACCUACGUGAAAUAUAUCAAAGGCAACUUGCCUUGGGUGAUGAUGCCGUUUUCAAUGCCUCUGCAGCCUCUGCAUGGAUGUCGGGGGACAGAAAGACUGUCGCUAACGCCUCCGCUAUGUGCGCAUCUGCGCCAAAACCAGCGGUAGGCGCAGCAAAGUCGAUCGGGUCACCCGCUGGUGUAAAGAAGUUCACAUACGCAGAGAGACGGACUGCCGCCCAAACCCUGCGCUCGCAUGCCAGAAGCAAUGUCGCCACGCCUUCGCCCGUAUGGCUAAAGAAGGUAGAGUGGGCAAGGACGGUGUUUCCUAUCUAUGGGCAAGAGAAGCCCCAGCAAGAAGGUGCUCAGGCGAAGAGGCAACGCUCCAUAGAGCUGUCCGGUCCGUCGGCGAAGAGAUCGAAGAUCCAGCCGUCGGUCUCCUUUGCCGAGAUUACCAAAGAUCGGGUCCUACUUGGACUUAAAGACAGGGGAAAUCCGGAGAACAGGAUCCCCAGAAAUAAAUAG